AUGUCACUCCCGAUCCGACUCCACACUCAUCAUGGUGGCUUGAAGAUGCCGCUCGAGGACCCGGCCUCCAAGCAGAAGCGCACGAGACUGAGUAAGCCCAAGGUGCGCACUGGCUGCAAGACCUGCAAGACUCGACGGGUCACCCACUUUUACUCGAUCAUGCUCGACGACUAA